GCCCUUGACAGGGAAUUGAACCCCUGACCGGCUAGGGCUCUCUUCCCUUUUUAUGACAACAUUUACUGAGCACCAAGUUACUGGCUGGGUAUAAGGAAUACCAAAGAUGAGUAAGAUAGAGCUUCCUGUCCAGUAGUAGACAGACACAUAAUUUCUGACAUAUACCUGACUAGAGUAGAGGACAGUGCUGAACCCGAGGCUACACAUGCAGUCCAGAACUUGGGCUCUCAGUUAUGGGAGGCCUGCCCUCUGUUUUGAUCCCACCUCACCCAGUGUACUUCUGUUCUUCAAGGUUGAAGGGUAAGCAUGGGGAAGAGUUGCAAGGUCGUCGUGUGUGGCCAGGCAUCUGUGGGCAAAACAUCAAUCCUGGAGCAGCUUCUGUACGGGAACCAUGUAGUGGGUUCUGAGAUGAUUGAGACACAAGAAGACAUCUAUGUAGGCUCCAUUGAAACCGACCGGGGGGUACGGGAGCAGGUGCGUUUCUAUGACACCCGGGGGCUCCGAGAUGGGGCUGAGCUGCCCCGGCACUGCUUCUCCUGCACUGACGGCUACGUCCUGGUCUAUAGCACAGAUAGCCGAGAGUCCUUUCAGCGUGUGGAACUGCUUAAGAAGGAAAUCGACAAAUCCAAGGACAAGAAGGAGGUCACCAUCGUGGUCCUUGGCAACAAGUGUGACCUGCAGGAGCAGCGGCGUGUGGACCCAGAUGUGGCUCAGCAUUGGGCCAAGUCGGAGAAGGUGAAGCUGUGGGAGGUAUCUGUGGCUGACCGCCGCUCCCUUCUGGAGCCCUUCAUCUACCUGGCCAGCAAGAUGACCCAGCCCCAGAGCAAGUCCGCCUUUCCCCUCAGCCGCAAGAACAAGGGCGGUGGCUCCUUGGAUGGCUGAAGAGCUGCCAUCCCUUCUUCACCUUCCCAACCUCAGUCCAGCUUCUGGGGCUUUGGAAGAUGGGUUGAGAGGAAAGGGGAACUCCUCACUAGGGCAAGCAGCUGGGCUCUUUCAGGCUCAGGCCACUUUUGCUCCAUCCUAACUCCGGGAAGUGCAAAUAAUGUAGGUUAGUGCCCCCAACCUCUUCCUCUACCCCAGCUUUCAUCAUAUCUGUCCCUCUGUGACCUGGGGCAAUUGUGGGUCAGGGUCCCUUCCAUCUGCCCUGGAUGGGAAGCAGAGCUACACAGAAGUGCCAAGUCUAGGGUCUGGUUCUGAUCACAGGCCCCACACUUCUGGGCUUCUGCCACACACACACUUAUGGCACCAUCCUGGACUCUAGGGAAAGGGCGUCCAGAUAUCGUGUAUGUGUGUGCAUCCUGGCGUUAGGGGUGCCUCCUCAUCUGCACCCUGACCUUUUUCCUGUCUGUACCUUGGCUGAAAGAAGCCAGCCUCCUGGGAAGUGUGAUUUUCUACUUGAUCUCCUCCCCCAAUUGUUUCACUUCCUCUUCCUGCUUACAAAGCAGAUGGGCCUCAUUGGCUGAGGUAGAUGGAAUGACGACAGCUGAGUCACUAAUGGGCUUUGUGACCUAGCAAGGCUUUUCCCCUCUCUGGGCUUCAGUUUUCUCAUCUAUACGGUGACAGAAGUUGCUUAGAUGAUUCUAGAUCCUCUUCAGCCCUGUGAUUUUAUAAUGUCCUUGGCUUCAGGCCAGCUGACUGUACCCUUUGCUUCUCCCUCUUUAAGGUGCUAUGCCUACCCGCCCUGGAGGCUGGGACACUGCUCUCCGACAACCGCCAGGGGGCAGGAGUGCACUAUCUACUCUAGUUGCCAGAAUGGCUGCUUAGUGCCCAAUGGGGAACCUCAUACCCAUGGGGGCUGGUCUUCACCCCUUCCUGUGGUUGUUUUCAGCUAAUAGCUGGACUUUAUUUAUAAAUUACUUAUUAUAAAUUAGUAUGCUGCCAUGGUGAAGGCUGGACAAGGUGCUCCUCUACCCCUUCCUUCUUACCUCAGAUGCCUCAACAGAACAAGGCAAACAAGUAGUAGCUUCUCAGGAGCUGAAAGAUUUGUUGGGGCUCAGAAGGGUGGUUACACUCUCAACUUGCUAUAAAGUGAGCUUAUGACCCACAACUUCCUGUGCCCACUUCGUGCUUCUAAUGGGCACAGUUACCGCAGGUGAGCCCCUAAAGCCAGGCCACCUCCAGUGCAUGCUCCUUCUCCCCAGAAUAGGAGAGGUGAACAGGGGCAGGUGGUCCAGGGCUGGGCAAGUCAAGGUAGGGCAUAUACAGGCUUGGGCUUAAAGUUCAUUUAUUGAUGCAUUGGACACAAUAAAACCACAACUGUUAUCAAAAA